GGUGGGGAGUGGGGUUAGAAAAACAGGCUUCUAGUACUAGAAAGUGCUGUAUGAGUUAAAUUUUGGAACUUUUACUCUAGUAUUAUCUAGUAUUUGACCUACUUAAAUCUUGGAAGUGAUGUAAUGUUUCAGUUUGAGAAAAAAGUUUCUAGCUUUUGCCUCUAAUUAUAAAUACUUAUGGUUAUAUUCAUAUAAAGUUAACCAAAGAUGACAAUAGUUGAAUUUUAUUCCAGUAUAUUUAUAUGCAUGUGAUUUAAAUUUUUACUUAAUCAGUGUCGUGUAUGCUAGUGUGUUGGAUAUUAUUUACCAUUAUGCAAAUAUCGGUAUGACCUUUUUGUAUACAAAAAUUGUUUUUUUUUAUAAUUUGCACAGAGCAACUUUCUGGACUUAGUAAAGGCUAUCAACUAGUCACUAAAGUCUUUGCUUUAACUGCCUAACAGUUUUUACAGACUUGUAGGAAUUGCUGCAGAGCACCUGAACAUUUGUUAUUAUCCUACCAGAGUGGAGCGUUUUUUAAAAUCUGACGAUUUGAUAGGUAAAACGUGUGGUUUUAAUUUUUUGUUUCUUGCAUUCUUUCAAUAUAGAAGGUAUUUCAGUUCUGGCUAUGGGGUGGACAUUUAUCAGGUGAAAGGGGGGAAGCAGCUCCCUUUGAACAAUACCUAACAGUUACCUAAAGCAAAGGAACGGAAAAAAGGUUUGAAAUAUGCUGAGACUCCUGGCGUAUUCAUCGAUUCAGUUUCGAUUGUCCAGAAGCGGGGUUGCAAUAUCGUAAGAAGGGAAGAUGAAUCCAAAUUCGGUCUCCAGCCACGGGCAAGUGCCCUUUACCCAGUGUUGAAGGCGGGGCUUCACUCCGGAAGCGCCCGGUAGCCCCUCCUUCCAGCUUCCGCCCUAGAAUUGCUAGGCUACCGGGACCCUCGCGGAAAGCAGUGGCUGCUGGGCGAGACGUCUCUCUUCUGUCCGGAGCUGGCCCGGCCUUUGUAGCUGCCGUGCCGUGGCCUUUGGCCUUCCGCCCUGCAUAGCUUUCCUCUGGCGCCGCGCCCACCCCUGCUGCCCCGCACAGGCCAGGGCGCGGAGACGGUCGCACCCUGCCCUCCGCUCUCCCAGGAAAUCUGCGCGCCCUUCCCCGACGCUUCGGGGAAACUGCUCCUCACUACCUUCCCUGGACCAGGAAGCUCUGAACCCCUGAAUUCCGUUUUCCGGGCCCCUGACCGUUCUUUCCCAUCUACUCCCAAACGACUUAACCGGGUCUUUCUAUUCUCAUUUCUUUCCCUUUUCUGCGGUGUCCUAGUGGUGGGCAUCCCCCUUCAAAGGAAAAGGGAAGCAUGAAGCUAGCAAGGGUCCCGAGACCGCGGGAGGAGACUGGAAGAUGAGACGUGCUCCGUGACUCCUCAGCUUCUAUGUAAUCAGCUGCCCUUUGGAAACUGGGCAGGGGUUGUGGCUGGAUGCCGGUGUCAUUGACUGGUCUUGAGCAUACCACGCAGAAGUAACAUGUUCCCAGCACUGGAAACAGAGCUCAAGCAGGAGACUCUUCCUGAUCCCUAUGAAGACUUUAUGUACCGUCACCUCCAGUACUAUGGCUUCUUUAAAGCUCAGAGAAGCAGUUUACCAAACUCAGCUACACACCAGCAUGUUUGGAAGAAUAAUCCUCAAUACCUAUUGAGUGACUCUUUUGGGAAAAGAGGUGAUUUGAUACCAGGACCCCUGCAAAAAGAGAAGCUUUUACAUAAUAAUCUCUGCUAUUGGCGAGGCUUACCUCUGGCAGGCCUGAUGCCAAGACAGAGACCUCCAGUUCGUGAGCUGAUGCUGGCAGGGCAGGAGGAAGGGUCCCUUAUGCUGAGUUCACCACUUGUUAAGAGCAGACAGCUUCUUCAUGAUGAAUUUGGUGAACUAAACCCACGUCUUCGAGAACCCCGAGAUCUCUUUGCCUUUUUCUCUAGCAGCCAGCCACUGCAGGCUCCACGAUGGCCAAAAGAAUGCGAGGUCAUCAAGGAAAAUGUUCAUCAUAUUGAGUGGGUUCCACCUCAACCUGAAUAUUUCUAUCAACCUACAGGAAAUGAAAAGGUACCAGAAAUUGUUGGAGAGGAAAAAGGCACAGUAGUCUAUCAGUUAGAUUCAGUGCCCACUGAAGGUUCCUAUUUCACCAGUUCCAGAGUGAGAGGCAAAAGAGGAAUUAUCAAGGAGGUCGCUGUCACAUUGCAAGGACCAGAAGAUAAUACUCUACUGUUUGAAUCAAGGUUUGAGAGUGGGAAUCUGCAAAAAGCUGUCAGAGUAGAUACCUAUGAGUAUGAACUCACCUUACGAACUGACCUCUACACGAACAAACACACUCAGUGGUUUUAUUUUCGAGUUCAGAACACCAGGAAAGAUGCCACCUACCGCUUCACCAUUGUCAACUUGCUAAAACCCAAGAGCCUUUAUACAAUAGGGAUGAAGCCACUCAUGUACUCCCAAUUAGAUGCCAACACCCACAAUAUUGGCUGGAGGAGAGAAGGAAAUGAAAUCAAGUACUAUAAGAACAACAUAGAUGAUGGGCAGCAGCCUUUUUACUGUCUCACAUGGACCAUUCAGUUUCCACAUGACCAGGACACUUGCUUCUUUGCACACUUCUACCCAUAUACAUACACUGACUUGCAGUGCUACCUCCUGUCAGUGGCAAAUGACCCCAUCCAAUCUCAGUUCUGCAAACUCCGCACUUUAUGCAGAAGCCUAGCAGGAAAUACUGUGUACCUGCUCACCAUCACCAACCCAUCCCGGACCCCUCAAGAGGCAGCUGCAAAGAAAGCUGUGGUCUUGAGUGCUAGAGUCCACCCUGGGGAAAGUAAUGGCUCCUGGAUCAUGAAAGGCUUUUUGGAUUUCAUCCUUAGCAAAUCCCCAGAUGCCCAGCUCCUCAGAGAUAUCUUUGUCUUCAAAGUGGUUCCCAUGUUAAAUCCAGAUGGAGUGAUUGUGGGGAAUUACCGGUGUUCACUAGCUGGAAGGGACUUGAACAGGAAUUAUAAAACAGUUCUGAAGGAAUCUUUUCCUUGCAUCUGGUACACCAGGAACAUGAUCAAAAGACUUCUUGAAGAAAGGGAGGUUCUCUUGUAUUGUGAUUUCCAUGGCCAUAGUCGUAAGAAUAAUAUCUUCCUGUAUGGCUGUAAUAACAACAAUCCCAAGUAUUGGCUUCAUGAGCAAGUCUUUCCAUUAAUGUUAAGCAAAAAUGCACCAGAUAAGUUCUCUUUUCGUAGUUGCAGUUUUAAGGUCCAAAGGUGCAAAGAAGGAACAGGACGAGUUGUGAUGUGGCGAAUGGGAAUCCUAAACAGCUACACCAUGGAGUCUACCUUUGGCGGGUCCACCUUGGGCAAUAAAAGGGACAUGCACUUUACCACUGAGGAUCUGAAGUCCCUAGGUCAUCAUGUCUGUGACACCCUUCUGGAUUUCUGUGAUCCUGACCCAACCAAGUUCAUGCAGUGUCUAGCAGAGGUUAAAGAGCUCUUACAACAGAAAAUACAUAAGAAAUUCAAUGAACUUGGUCAAGAUAUGGAUUUAAAAGGAAGUUGGAGUGACAUCUCUUUGUCUGACAUUGAAUCCAGCACCAGUGGCUCUGACAGCUCCUUCUCAGAUGGUCUCCCUGUUCACCUACUGAACACAGUAGCUGAGUUGAGUCAAAAGAAGAUGAUGUAUAAGAAGAAAAAAGGGAAGCCACUUCAGACCAGAAAACAACGAAAUGAACAGUAUCAGAAAAAUAAUUUGAUGCAGGAGUUAAAGUUAACAGAAGAUGCCCCAGAAAAGGUAGGGUUUGCUUCUACUCUGCAAAAACAGCCUACCCUUUUAAAAAAUUCAGAGUUGUCAGUUCUUCAACAAAUGAAAAAUGAAAAACCAAGGUUGAAUGAGUUACAGUUAACUGGAAGAAACAAAGGCACCCCCCUGGACCCAACAAAAAUGACCACCUUGAUUCUGAUGAAGAAUAAAGAGAGAAUGCAGAAAGAGAAGCCAGGAUUUAUAUCACACUCUCCAAAGAGAAGCACAAACCACAACCAAGAGCUGGCUCCAGAUAUGAAGCCAAACUGGCCCAGGAACAAAUAUCCUGCCACAAAGAGUGGCUGCACCACCAUAAUGGCUUACCCAUCCUUGCAUAUAUACACAUACCCAUAGGGUGCCUGGGCCAUGCCACACAGGUACUUCCUUGGUGUGUUUUGGGUUAGACACAUUUUGUAAAGGGGAGAGUUGUAUGAUUGGAACUAUGUUUAUUUGUGGUACACUGUGUUGUGCAUCAUUGUGCACUGUCCUUUCACUAUGUGCUUACAUAUGUGCAUGCCUUCAUGAUGCAUACCUCAGGAGCUAAAUUAUUUUUUCAUAAAAUUAAAUUUCAUUUUGAUGUAUAGGAAAAACUUCCUGUAUCAGAAAUUAAGCGUGUGCUCAGGAAACUACAGCACAGAUAUACCUUAUUUUAACCAAUAGAUAUUCUCUAUAAAAUUAUGUGCAAAUCGAUUUUAAAAGAUCAAGCUCUAUUUUAAGUGUAUUCUGGGAGUAUGCUUUGUUUAAAAAGUCUUGCAUCAAAGCUUUCUAACCAGGAAUGACCAGUCAGACUAUGAUAUAUCAGGAGUGCUCAGUGUGACAUGUUGCCACAUAGAAAAACAAUUCAUGUAUUAACUGGAAUUUAAUAUUGCAUAUAUUAUGUUCAACACAGUUAUGUAAGUUUUUUACCUAUUGAUUAAAAUUCUUUCUCUGUAACCAAAUGUUUCCUUUGAUUGGUUAACUGCAUAAUCUUCGGUGAACAGAUAUUUUAUAUUUUAUAUCCCCUUUUGAGCACCAAGUACCAUCUGAUAGCAACAGCCUAUCAUGUCAGUGUGCUAGAGUCACAUUAAAGAAGAGGCACUCUGAUUGACUGCAAGCUUCCCUAUUUUGACUUUACCAUCUUUCUAUCAUAUUGGAUUGAAAACUUCCUACUAUUUUUCCAUUAUCACCUUUAAAUCCUAUCACCCACCACUCCCUGGGUGACUAGUGAUUAUAGCCACAUUGCAAC